AUGUUUUAUAUGGUCAGUAUUUUCAUUCGUCAUCCAUCCAUCUGUUUUUUACUUUCACCCAUUACAUCGUUACGUGAUUAUUUUGAUAUUGGUCAGAAUGAAGUUUCGUCGGUUUUGUAUUAUUUUUUUGUUUUAUGUUUUUCUGUUGUGUUUCAGUUCUGUAGGACAGGUCUCAGGAGAAUACGAUGCAUUACCUGUGACGGUGCCUGUAGUCAAAGAUUUAAGUGUAGUCGAAGGUGACACCAUCAACUUAACGUGUGCAAUUGCUGGUAAAGCUAGCAGUGUUAUGUGGAAAUUCAUUGAUGAUAAUAAAAACGAAAAGAUUUUGGUGAAUGGCACUGGCAAUCGAGUAGAAAUGAAACCUUUCAAUGGUAUACCAAAUGCUACAGUAUUGAUCCGCAACGCCAAUAAAACUCUCGAUCAAGGUACGUACAAUUGUACAGCCAUCAGCGAUUUCGGAAACAGUACUGCGGACGGAUCAUCUUAUGUUAGAGUUAUUAAGAGCAUAUAUGCUGCGUUUGGUAUAUUCUUGGGCAUCUGCGCCGAAGUGAUCAUCUUAUGCACCAUUAUCUUCAUUUACGAAAAGGAACGAGACAAAACCAAAAUGAAAGAAAGUGAUAGCGACCAAGGGCCAGAAACAAAAGAUAGCCCAGAUGGUUGAGACAGCGUCAAGUAUUACUGAAAGUAACUCCACAGAAUUUGAAGAAUUGGGGUCCAAAUUUUUCAUCAAGUUCACUAUCGUCAGUUAUUUUUUGUUGUGUAAAUCAUUUUCUUGUUUUUGCUAAAAAAAAAAAAGUUCAUAUUAUAUCGA